AUGGCGGCCGGCGACUCGAGCCGGGUCCAGGAAGCCCAGAAGCUGGCCAAGACGGAUCCCCGGCAGGCAGAGGCCAUCUACAAAGACAUCACCUCCAAGGCGCCCCAGGCGACUUCCGAUGCCGCCACCAGAGAAUACGAGACGGCCUUGAUAAGCCUGGGCGAGCUCUACAGGGACGAGAAGAAGACGCAAGAACUGGUAGACUUGGUGCGCGAGAGCCGCUCCGUGUUUUCCUCUUUUGCCAAGGCAAAGUCUUCAAAGCUCGUCCGGCAAUUGCUCGACCUCUUCAAGGAUAUCCCAAACAGCACCGACACCGAGGUCUACGUCACAAAAGAUUGCAUCGAAUGGGCCACGGCCGAGCGUCGCGCCUUCCAGCGCCAGGACCUCGAGGUCCGCCUGGUCGCCCUCUACAUGACCAAGCAAUCCUACUACGAUGCCCUGACCCUCAUCAACGGCCUGUUGCGUGAGCUCAAGCGCCUCGACGACAAGCUCCGCCUCGUCGAGGUCCAGCUCCUCGAGUCCAGAGUCUACCACGCCCUUGGCAACAUCCCCAAGGCCCGCGCCGCCCUCACCACGGCCCGGACGAGCGCCGCCAGCGUCUACACGCCGCCCAUGCUGCAGGCCAACCUCGACAUGCAGAGCGGCAUGCUCCACGCCGAAGAUAAGGACUUCAACACGGCCUUCUCCUACUUCAUCGAGGCCCUCGACGGCUACCACAGCCUCGACGAGAGCGCCAAGGCCCAGGCCGCCCUGCAGUACAUGCUGCUGUGCAAGAUCAUGCUCAACCUCGUCGACGACGUCAACCAGCUCAUGGCCUCGAAGCAGGCCGUCAAGUACGCCGGCAAGAACCUCGAGGCCAUGAAGGCCAUUGCCCGCGCGCACUCGAACCGCUCCCUCGAGGAGUACGAGCGCGCCCUGUCGUCGUACCGCUACGAGCUGGGCAGCGACGCCUUCAUCCGCAACCACCUGCGCCGCCUCUACGACGCCAUGCUCGAGCAGAACCUCAUCAAGGUCAUCGAGCCCUUUUCUCGCGUCGAGAUCGACCACAUCGCCAAGAUGGUUGGCCUCGACACCCAGCAGGUCGAGCGCAAGCUGUCCCAGAUGAUCCUCGACAAGGUCAUCAUCGGCGUGCUGGACCAGGGCGCGGGCUGCCUCAUUAUCUUUGACGAGACGCAGCGCGACGAGUCGUACGACGCGGCCCUGGCCACCAUUGAGAAGCUGAGCAACGUCGUGGACGUGCUGUACACGAACCAGGCGUCCAUGCUCGAGUAG